UGAAUAUAUCUUGUAAGUGGCUGGAUGGACAAAGCAAAAGCAUUCAGAGGGAAGGUCCUUUUCCUCUUCAUUGCUACCUCUAUCCUCAUCUUCUUCAUCACUGUGAGAACACCCAGGAUGCACAGGUCCAUCCCAAGGCCACGUGGGCCUCUGAACACUUGCCCCUCCCGGGUUUCUGAGCAGACCAUCACCCCCCUCAACAAUACCAAGCACUUACUGGUGUCAGCCUACAUGGACCAGAGAGUGAAUGGCUUCGAUAUACGCAUCAUUGGCAUAUUUAGGAGAGACUCCAUCCAGCCCCUUUACUGUUUUUUCUGCUGUGCUGGUCAGUUGUCAACUACAACUCCAACAACAAUUUUACAACAUACAGACAACUUUGGCUUCCCCUUCGUGACUACGGAUGUCAUGUGUCAGAUUCCUCAAAACUGCAACGCUACACAUGUCACUCUUCUGACUCAGCCAGAUAAAGUGAGGGAGUUUAACCAGAUUUGGCUUCCUAUAAGAAACCAGAAGACCAAUGAGAAGCAGGAGAAAAACUUGCAGUUCAACUUCACAGUCUGCAUCUCCAACCUGUUUGGAGACUACAACAAUGUGCUUCAGUUUUCGCAGACACUGGAGAUGUACAGGUCAGCACAACAACACCACAAACCACAAAGUCAAAAGCUCAGAAGCUGA